AUUGCUCUCCAAACAGACACAAACCUUUUAGUAUUUCCUUUUUACUCUUGUUUUAUUACCAAACUUUUCUCGUUUCUUCCAUUAAAAACCAACGAAUUUUCAUCUUCCACCUCUCUCUCUCUCUACACUGUAACAGUAUAUUCACACGCACCCAUAUAUACACACACUACACAUGUCCUCUUUCUAUUCUCCUUUUCUUCUUCAUACUCCUUCCCAUUUUUUAUUCCUCUUCUCUUCCAAACUACCAUGUUCUGCAACGUUUUAUGAUCUGGGUGGCUUCGUUUGAAGAGAAAAAUUGGAUUUUGACUUGUUCCCAGUGGUUGAACUGUUGUUGUUUCCCUGAAGGGGUUUUUCAAUUUUCAUGGGUUGAACUUUGAUAAUUAUGGGUAGUUUCAGUGGAGAUGAGGAUUGUCAGUUUUUUGAUGCUCAAGAGGAUGUUGUGUCAAUUGGGUAUGCGAAUUCUGAUGAUGAUAAUGAUAAAAGUGUGUCUGUUGAUUUUGAUUAUGGAGUGUGGAUUCGGAGUCCGAAGAGUGUGAGAGAGCGAAAGGGGGAGUUUAUGAAGAGCAUGGGAAUGAGUUUAGAUGGAAUUGUUGUUGAAAAUUCAUUAGAGGUUGAGAAGGAAGAGAUUAUAGAUAGAGAAAGAGGAAGUAGUGGUUGUGAAGAGGAAUUUAGUUCGAGUCGGUUGUUGAUGUCUUGUUGCUCUAGUGUGAGUUUUUCAGAGGAGUUAGGUUUAGGGGAUAAUAAUAACUUGCCAUGUCAAGAUGAAAGUUUGGAGAAAGGAGUAGGGACUAAUGUCGAUAAAAAGGAGGAACAAAAGAAGCAUGUGAAGGUGAAUGAUGAUUCAGAUCAUUUGGUGGUUGCUAGGAAAUCUGAGGAUUCCGUCAAUGUUAAUAUUUCGGGGGUGUCUCCUUCUCAAGGAUUGGUAGGUAGAGAUUUUGAUGAUUCAGACGGUGAUGCGGUUACUGGAAUCUUAAAUAGGGUGAAAAGGGGUUGGUUAAGAAGAUUGAGAUCGAUGACGUGCAUGGUUGAUACGCAAGGGGAAGGUGAUGAUUAUAAUGGGAGAGGAGAAGGGAGAAUGUCAGUCUCAGGGUGUAGGCUUCAGAAAGUAAAGGUCCGUCAAAGUAAGAAAAAAACCAAGGAGCUUUCAUCGCUUUACUUGAGGCAAGAUAUCCAAGCGCACGAAGGUUCAAUUUUGACAAUGAAAUUCAGCCCCGAUGGACAGUAUCUAGCCACUGGGGGAGAAGAUUGUGUAGUUCGUGUGUGGCAAGUAGUUGAGGAGGAUAGAUGUAAUGAAAUUCACAUUCCAGAAAUUGACCCUUCAUGCAUUUACUUUACGGUGAAUAAUCUCUCUCAAUUGACACCAUUGUUUAUGGAUAAGGAAAAACUUAGCCAACUGAAGAGCCUGAGAAAAACAUCAGAUUCCGCUUGUGUCGUUUUCCCGCCUAAGAUCUUCCGGUUGCUGGAAAAACCAUUGCACGAGUUCCGUGGUCAUACAAGUGAAGUUUUGGAUCUAUCUUGGUCAAAAAAGAAUUAUCUUCUCUCAUCGUCAGUUGAUAAAACUGUCCGACUAUGGAAAGUGAAUCAUGAGCAUUGCUUGAAAGUGUUUUCACACAGUAAUUAUGUGACAUGUAUACAAUUCAAUCCUGUUGAUGAAGAUUAUUUCAUUAGCGGAUCCAUAGACGGGAAAGUGCGCAUAUGGGCAAUUCCUGAUUGUCAGGUUGUUGAUUGGACUGAUGUCUUAGAUAUAGUGACUGCAGUAUGUUAUCGGCCCGAUGGACAGGGAGGGAUUGUUGGUUCUUUGGCAGGAAAUUGUCGGUUUUAUAAAAUAUCAGAUAAUCACUUGCAGUUAGAUUCUCAACUAUGCUUAAUUGGUAAAAAGAAACUUCCUGGAAGAGGGAUAUUAGGCUUUAAGUUUCUUCCACAAGAUUCAAACAAAGUUAUGGUUACCUGUGCUGAUUCACAAGUUAGAAUCCUUGAUGGGCUUAAUGUGAUUUGUAAAUACAAAAGCCUCAACACAGGGAGUCCAAUGUGUGCAUCCUUUACUUCAGACGGGAAACAUAUUCUAUCCGCAUGCGAGGACUCAAAUGUGUAUCUAUGGAACAUUGAUCAGGAAGAGUCUAAUGCCACGAAAUCUAAGAAAAUCAGGUCUUGUGAGCGGUUUUCCUCAAAUGCAUCCGUUGCAGUACCUUGGCAUGGUUUGAAACCUCAAAUUACUGAAAAUGAACAGUUGAAUGUCUCGGAUAAAAAAUCACCUCGAGCUGCUAUACAAUUACACUCCACUCCUCCCGCAUCUUUCUCUUUAGGCCAAGAAUAUUUCUUGGAGUCUUUUCCGAAGGGAUCUGCUACCUGGCCCGAGGAGAAGCUUCCUGUUUCAAGCUCCAAGGCUAAAAAAACAUCAUUUAUGCACAACUCCGAAUACAAGUUCUUGAAAUCUUCUUGCAAGAGCACCAACCGCGCUCACGCGUGGGGCAUGGUUAUCGUGACUGCAGGCUGGGACGGGAGGAUAAAAUCAUUCCAAAAUUACGGGCUACCUGUACCGGUUUGAAAUGAAGUGUGACUUUUCCUAGGUUGGGAAAAAGUAUCAAGAUUCAUUAUUUUGUUGGACGCCUGCUGUAACUAUGUGGCGCAGUUAAAGAUCUUCAAAUCAUUGGCCGAGAUUGUUUAAAACUAAUUUAGUGUAACUGCACGAUGUUUGAAGUGAGGGGAAUCCAGAUCCAAAGUUUUUGGAGGCUUGAGAGUGAUGUCAAAUCGGGCAGCGUCAGGUAACAAAGCAGUUUGAGGUCAAAACCAUGUGCAGGAACAUCAAGACUAUUGAGAUUAAUGACUAGUGGUGACACUAUUCUGCUUAACAAAUGGCCAAGUUUGAAAUUGUCUUGAUCUUAAAGUCUUAAUUGGCUUUUGGUACACUAAGAAUCUGCUGGCCCCUAAAAGAGAUGCAAAGUCAUGUGUUGAAAAACCUGGAAGGGCCCUUAAAGAAGAAAAUUUUGAUAUGUUGUGGGACCUUUGAACACCCUUUUGGUUGCUAAGGUGAAAGGUUGAGAUUUCAAGAGUUGGUUGGUGGCUCAAGUUCACUCUUGAUCAAUCAAAAUGCUAAAGGGUGAAUCUCUUUGUCUGCCAAUUUUGCCAUUCAUGUGAUUCUUUGGUCAUUUGUACAAAAGGGUCAUUUUUGCUUUGAAUAGGUGUGCUUUUAGCUUCCUAUUGCUUGCUCCAAUGAUACUCCACAAACAAUGUGAUUAUGAUUUGUUUAGUGGCUCGAAAUCUUUGGCAACUUGUGUAGUUCUCUGCCAAAUGUUAUUAUCACUAACAAAAAAUAUUCUGUACAUGUACAUGGUCUCAAUUUUAGGCCAACAUCACUUUUGAUUAGUUGAGCUACAACUAUAUUGGUUCUUACUAAUUUAAUGUAAAUUUGUAAUUUGUCCGUGUAAGUAAUAGUAUUUUAUUUGCUUGGCUUUUGGUUGAGGGAAAUAGAAGUUUCUUUGUAUGAUAAUGAUAGCUUUUUUUAGUUACCAAGAAAAUAAAACUACAUUAAUUCUUAUUUUGAUUGCUAAUAAUUGGAGGUACAUGAUUAUUCAACCAUGUGCUAUAGUAUCUUGGGUUGGAGAUUAAGAAAAUGUAUCUUUCCAGAUCAUUUUUUAAC